AUGGAUCUCUCGGGCCUAGAGUCCCACCCAACCCCCCAAGAGUCUGACCGCAGAGACCUAGAUUUCUUCUCUCCUGAUUAUUUCUCCACUAGCCAUGAGUUCGACUCUCUCUACCUAGAAUUGGACUUGGACUCUCUUAACGAAGACCUUUCUCAGCCCAUGACAGGCGCCAUGACAGGGACCUCUGCAGGCGCGUAUGAACCCCAUCCACCUACCAAACCAGAGGAUCUCACAGAGGCAGAGCAGAAAAAGCUCAGGUCCGAGCUCACUAAAUUAGAAGCUGAAAUUGUAACCCUACGCCAUGCGCUAGCAGCCAAAGAAAGACACUGCGUGGAGCUCAAGAGGAAGCUGGGCCUCACCGCCUUGGUGGGGCUGAAGCAGAAUCUGUCCAAGGGCUGGCACGAGGUUCAGGUCUCCAACGCCUACAUGAAACAAAAGACGUCAGCUGCACUGUCCACCAUGGGCUCGGCCAUCUGCAAGAAGCUUGGAGACAUGAAGAAAUCAGCCACAUUCAGAUCCUUUGAAGGUCUGGUGGGGACAAUCAAGUCCAGAGUUGCAGGUGGCAGAGAGCUUGACAAUGACUCCCUUCCUUCUUCAGCGGGGUGUGGGGAUGAUUGGCUCCCAGUUUCGGGGAAUAGAGAUGAUUCACCCCCAAUUACAGGGAGUGAGAAUGAUCCAGUUGCAGGGAGUGGAGAUGAUCUGAUUUCUGAAGAUAAAGUUUUGCUUGGAUUACAGUAA